CACUAUAACACACUGAACCAGGAAGUUCAUUUCAGAAAAAACAAAACUUAUAGAACUCUCUCUCUCUCUCUCUCUCUCUCUCUCUCUCUCUCGCUCUACGCAGGAAAAUGGCAGAGGCCAGUAUUUCAGUAGAUAAUUUUUCUGUGGAUCAGUUCAGCUGUCCAGUGUGUCUGGAUCUCCUGAAUGAUCCAGUGACUACUCCCUGUGGUCACAGUUUCUGUAAGGUGUGUAUUAAUACUCACUGGGAUCAGGAGGAUGUGAAGGGUGUCUACAGCUGUCCUCAGUGUAGAGAGACUUUCACUCCAAGGCCUGUUCUACGCAGGAACAACAUGCUGGCUGAAGUGGUGGAGAAACUGAAGAAGACUGAACUCCAAGCUGCUUCUCCUGCUCACUGUUACGCUGGACCUGGAAAUGUGGAGUGUGAUUUCUGCACCGGGAGAAAACACAAAGCUGUUAAGUCCUGUCUGGUUUGUCAGGCCUCCUAUUGUGAAGAUCAUCUUAAACCUCACUAUCAGUCUCCUGCCUUUAAGAAGCACAAGUUAGUUGAAGCCUGUGCAGAGCUCCAAGUGAAGAUCUGCUCUGAACAUGACAAACUGAUGGAGAUCUACUGUCGUACUGACCAAAGCUUCAUCUGUUACUUGUGUAUGAUGGAAGAACACAAAGGUCAUGAUACAGUUUCAGCUAAAGCAGAAAGAACUAAAAAACAGAAUGAGUUAAAGGAGGAUCAGAUGAAAUCCCAGCAGAGGAUCCAGGAGAAGCAGAAGAAGGUGCAGGAGCUGAAACAGACUGUGGACAUUAUUAAGACAUGUUCACAGGCAGCAGUAGAUGACAGUGAGAGGAUCUUUACUGAGAUGAUCAGCUCCAUGGAGAAAAAGCGCUCGGAGGUGACGGAGCUGAUCAGAGCUCAGGAGAAAGCUGAAGUGAGUCGAGCUGAACGACUCCUGAAUCAACUGGAGCAGGAGAUUGCUGAUCUUAAGAGAAGAGUCACUGAGCUGGAGCAGCUUUCACACACACACGAUGACAUCCACGUCCUCCAGAGUUUCCCGUCUCUCUGUGUUUCUCCUGGAUGUGACGACUCACUCAGCUUCACUGUCAAUCAACAUCUCUCAUUUGAUGGAGUGAGGAAAUCUCUCUCAGAUCUGAAAAAACGAGUCGAACAAAUCUGUGAGGAGGAAUUCAACAAAAUCAGACCAGAAGGUGAACAAACAAACAUUGUUUCUCAUCAGUCUUCUGCAGCAGUUCAGAUGAUUUUGCCUUCAGAACCAAAGAGCAGAGAAGAGUUUCUGCAGUAUUUCUGUUAUCUGACUCUGGAUCCAAAAACAGCACAUCGUCAACUCAUUCUGUCUGAGAAGAACAGAGUGGUGACAUGGAGUGAGACAAGACAGCGAUACUCUGAUCAUCCAGAGAGAUUUGACUUCUAUACUCAGGUGUUGUGUAAAGAGUGUGUGUGUGGACGCUGUUACUGGGAGGUGGAGAGGAGCGGUGAUGUGUUCAUAUCAGUGUCAUAUAAAGAGAUCAGCAGGAAAGGAGGGGGUAAUGAGUGUUUGUUUGGAUACAACAGUCAGUCCUGGAGUCUGCAGUGUUCUUCUUCCUCUGUCGUUUUCUGGCACAACAACAUUAAGACUGAGCUCCGAGGUCCAUCAUCCUCCAGAAUAGGAGUGUAUGUGGAUCACAGUGCAGGAACUCUGUCCUUCUACAGCGUCUCUGACACCAUGAGGCUCCUCCACAGAGUCCACACCACAUUCACUCAGCCUCUAUACGCUGGAGUCUGGAUGUGUAGUAAUAACACAUCUGUGAGGUUUUGUGAUCCAAAAUAAAAUGUUAGUAAAAGUGUUUAUAAAAACUAUAAGUGAGGUGUGAGAUUGAAUUUGUCCCUGAGCUACACUGGACAUUUUGUGUGCAGAAACUGGAACAGUAAUGAAUGCAGAAUGUAGAAACAGACUAUUUAACUGUAUGCACUAUUAGGAUGGGUUUAUUAUAGUUGAUAUAAAAAUGUUCAAUGUCUCCUCAGAAAUAAUAAACUUUACUCUUUUUGUUUUUUUA